UAAACUUGAAGCACACACAUAUAAGGGGAACACAGUGAUUCUUAGUUGCUGCUAUUCUUAUUGUUCUGAAGCAUUGAAGAAUGCAUAUUUCUUGGAGGCCAGUCUUCAUUUUUAUCCUUUCAUGUCAUGUUUCUGCACUUUCCUUAGUUGAGUGUUCAUUCCUUAAGGAGGUGAGUCAGUCUGGUAGUAACAAGAGCUCAAACCACAAAAUCAACAAGCAGAUCAUUUCUCAGAAGACAUCUGACAUAGCACUUCAUGGAUUGCUCCUGUGGGCUUCCGUGGGAUUCUCAAUGCCAUUAGGGAUACUUGCUAUCAGAAUGUCAAGUAGAGGGGAAAAUGCAUCAACAAGGAAUAGGGUCUUCUUUUAUCUCCAUGUUGCAUUUCAGAUGCUCUCGGUGCUGCUUGCUACAAUUGGAGCUGCCAUGUCCCUCAAAAAUUUUGAGAAUUCAUUUGAUAACAACCAUCAAAGACUAGGUCUUGCACUUUAUGGUGCUAUAUUGGUUCAAGCGUUAAUUGGAUUUUUCAGGCCUCACAGGCAAAAGAAAGAGAGGACUUAUUGGUACUUUGUUCACUGGAUAUUAGGGACAAUAAUUUCUUUUGUGGGGAUCAUCAACAUUUACACAGGUCUCAAAGCUUAUUAUAAGAGAACCUUAAAAAGCACAAGGCUUUGGACUAUCCUCUUCACAGCACAAGUCUCUUGCAUUACAUUGAUUUACCUCUUACAAGACAAGAUGGAGUAUAUAAAGAAGCAAAGGGUGAUUCCAGGCACUGAGUCAACUGUCCCUUCUGAUCAAGACAUUCCUCAUUUGCAGAACCAGAACGAGUUGUUACCAGUAGCUUGUGGAAAGAAAAAUGCACUUAGCAACUUGUUUGACUAACAAGGGCUUACUUUUUUUACUGUCCAUUUGUCUAUAGUUUCUUUUAACCAUGGGGGUUGGCUCACUUUCACACCAUUUUUUUGGUGUCUGCACUUUAUGCAAGCGGAAGGUGGUGGUUUUAUGCAGAUCAGUCGAAGAAAAAAAAAAGGUGAGCUUUUAUUUGUUUAUGUUAUCACUUUUUCUUCUUUAUUUUUCCUCUCCUUUUUGUUAUGGGUAUUCCUUUUAUAUGUGAAUUGAAUAUUUUAUUCGAUUAAAAAAAUAUAUUUUAUGUGAUAUUGGGAGUGUGGAUAUGAACUGAAUAGA